AUGGGGGAGCAACGCCGGGCUGCGGGCGAGUAUGUGGGUCCGGAGCCCGCAGCACCCCGCCACCGCGGAGCCUACACCAGAACCCGCCGCCCGCCACCCCGCGAGGACACCUCCGAGGCGUACCGCCGCUUCCGGAAGCCGCUGGGAAACCCCGACACUCCUCCAGUCGACGGCGCCGGCAGCGUCCUCGUUCCCACGGAAACGAGCAGGUCCGUGACGUCACUUCCGCGCACCCAUCUGAACUCCCGGCUGUCGGGAGGAAAAGAGGAAAAGGGAGCCGCAGCCACGACUGUGGACGCGAGCGUCUGCCGUCUGCGCAUGCGUCCGCGCGGCGGCCUGCUUCUAUUUAUGUGGGGGAUCCAACAUGGCGGCUGCGGCGACCCGGGCGAUGGCGGUGGGGCCGGUCCGAACGUAGUGGCGGGCCAGGGGGCACGGUCCGCACUCACAGUGGCGUCGGCGGCGACGGCUGAGGGCGUACGCCUGGAGCUUGUGCUCAAGGACCCCACCGACGAGAGCUGCGUGGAGUUCAGCUACCCCGAGCUGCUGCUGUGCGGAGAACAACGGAAGAAGCCCGUUCACAUGGAAGACCCAUUUAACGAUGAGCAUCAGGAGAGGCAAGAGGUUGAAAUGUUGGCUAAGAAGUUUGAAAUGAAAUAUGGUGGGAAGCCUCGUAAGCACCGGAAGGAUCGGCUACAAGAUUUAAUUGAUAUAGGCUUUGGCUAUGAUGAGACAGACCCGUUUAUCGAUAACUCAGAGGCUUAUGAUGAGUUAGUUCCUGCUUCUCUGACCACCAAGUAUGGCGGCUUUUACAUCAACACUGGCACACUCCAGUUUCGCCAGGCCUCAGAUACCGAAGAGGAAGAUGUUACCGACAACCAAAAGCACAAGCUACCCAAAGUUUCCAAAAUAAAAGAAGAUGAUAUUGAGAUGAAGAAGAGGAAACGGAAAGAGGAAGGGGAAAAGGAGAAGAAGCCAAGGAAAAAAGUACCCAAACAACUAGGGGUUGUAGCUCUAAAUUCACACAAAUCUGAAAAAAAGAAGAAGCGUUAUAAAGAUUCUCUUUCUCUGGCUGCCAUGAUCCGGAAAUUUCAGAAGGAGAAGGAUGCUCUGAAGAAGAAGGAGUCUCACCCCAAAGUCCCAGUGACCUUGCAGGCCUCCGCUCUGAACAAGCCCCCUUCUGCCGCAGUCGUGUUGGGAAAUGACGUCUCGGACUUGCCCCUGAGCAGUGCCCAUCCAGACCUCCCCAUUUUUGUUAGCACAAAUGAACAUGAACUGCUUCAGGAGGCGGAGAAUGCCCUAGAGAUGCUUGAUGAUUUUGACUUUGACAGAUUACUGGACGCUGCUUCUGAUGGCAGCCCCCUUUCUGAGUCAGGGGGAGAGAAUGGAAACGCUACCCAGCCGAGCCACGCCUCUCAGGGGAUGCCCAGGCUGGUGCCCACGCUUCCAGAGGGUCUACCUGUACUGCUUGAAAAACGUAUCGAAGACCUCCGCGUCGCUGCCAAACUCUUUGAUGAAGAGGGAAGGAAAAAAUUCUUUACACAAGAUAUGAAUAAUAUUCUUCUGGACAUUGAGUUACAGCUGCAGGAGUUGGGCCCUGUCAUCCGGAGUGGCGUCUAUUCCCAUCUCGAAGCUUUUGUGCCGUGCAAUAAAGAGGCGCUGGUGAAGCGUCUGAAGAAGCUGCAUCUCAAUGUCCAGGAUGAUCGUCUGAGGGAACCCCUGCAGAAGCUGAAACUGGCUGUUAGCAACGUGAUGCCUCAACAGCUGUUUAAGUACCAGGAGGACUGCCAGGCUCGUAGUCAAGCCAAGUGUGCCAAGUUGCAAACUGAUGAAGAACGAGAAAAGAAUGGAUCUGAGGAAGAUGACGAUGAGAAGCCAGGGAAGCGCGUCACAGGUCCGAGAAAGAAAUUCCACUGGGACGACACCCUGAGAACGUUGUUAUGUAACCUUGUUGAAAUCAAAUUGGGAUGCUAUGAGUUAGAGCCAAAUAAAAGCCAGUCGGCAGAGGACUAUCUUAAAUCCUUCAUGGAGACAGAGGUGAAACCAUUGUGGCCUAAGGGCUGGAUGCAGGCGAGAAUGCUUUUUAAAGAGAGCCGGAGUGUGCAUAAUCAUCUUACUUCUGCUCCGGCAAAGAAGAAGGUGAUUCCUGCACCAAAACCCAAAGUGAAGGAGUGUAGCCCAAAAAAGGACCAGAAGAUCGCCGUGUCCGUGGCAGCGCCUGCUGGCGGCCCCCCAGCAGGCUGCAGCGGGUCGGCCGUGGCCUCCACCAGCUCCGGUCCAGCAGCAGCCCAGGAGACCAUCUGCCUCGACGACUCCCUGGAUGAAGACUUUCCCUUCCACUCUCCCUCGCUGGAGCUGGUUUCCGAAGCGUUAGCUGUUAUCAACAAUGGCAACAAGGGCCCUGCUGUCGGCGCACGGAUCAGCAUGCCUGCAUCAAAACCACGUCCAGGACUGAGAGAGGAAAAGUUAGCGAGCAUCAUGAGUAAGCUGCCGCUGGCUCCUCCCAAAAAACUAGACUCUACUCAGACUGCACAUUCGUCGAGUCUUAUUGCUGGCCACAGUGGGCCGGUACCAAAGAAACCCCAGGACCUAGUACAUACCGGCAUCUCUUCAGGCCUUAUUGCUGGGUCUUCGAUUCAGAACCCAAAAGUUUCCCUGGAACCUUUGCCAGCCAGGCUUCUUCAGCAGGGGCUACAGCGGUCAGGCCAGAUCCCUGCCUCUUCCUCCUCACAGACCCAUGUCUCCUCCUCCUCCCCAGCCCAAGCCGCUGCCUCCUCUCAUGCUCUGGGAACAUCAGAGGCCCAAGAUGCGUCUCCCCUGACACAGGCCACCAAGGCACACCAGCAUUCAGUUGUCCCACAGAACUACGUGUCUCCUUUGCAAGCUACCAUCAGUAAAUCGCAGGCCAACCCCGUGGUGAAACUAAGUAAUACCCCCCACCUGUCCUGCUCAGCCCCAUUGCUGAAGACUUCAGAGAAGCCGCUGGUGUACCGCCUUCCCUUGCCCACCCCGUCAUCGGGAAAUGGUUCUCCAGGAGCCCACCCCCUGGUCUCUGGGACAGCACCCAGCACCACUACCUCCAGUAACUAUUUAGCCAAGGCUAUGGUGUCCCAGAUCUCCACGCAGGGUUUCAAAUCUCCCUUCUCAAUGGCUGCAUCCCCCAAACUCGCUGCCUCCCCGAAACCUGCCACGUCUCCCAAACCCCUGCCCUCGCCCAAGCCCUCCCCCUCGCCCAAGCCCUCUCUGUCAGCUAAGCCUCCAGUAGCAACUAAACUUAUCUCCAAAUCCAACCCAACUCCCAAGCCCACUGUAUCCCCAAGUUCUUCCAGCCCAAAUGCACUCGUAGCUCAGACUAGUCACUCCAGCAGCAGCAACCCCAUCCACAAACAGCCCAGUGGGGUGAGCGUCAGCAGACGGUCUCCCACCUUGAAUUUACUGCCCGCUAAUCGCACACCAGGCCUUCCGUCUACAAAAGCCCUUCAGUCCUCUUCAAAGCUAACAAACUCAUCGUCCACUGGCACUGUCGGGAAGAGCAGCUUGAGUGGAGUUGCAGUGAACGUACCUGCCAGCAGAGGUGGUAACCUUAACUCAAGCGGAGCCAGUAGGACUAGUGUGUCUGGGGGAACAGGAAGUGGAACACAGGGUGCUACUAAACCGUUGUCUACUCCACACAGACCAUCCUCCGCCUCAGGGUCUUCAGUGGUAACCGCCAGUGUGCAGUCCACAGCAGGUGCGUCAUUGUUGGCUAAUGCGUCACCUCUGACUCUCAUGACAUCACCUUUGUCUGUAACAAAUCAGAAUGUGACUCCUUUUGGGAUGCUGGGUGGCCUUGUUCCAGUGACCAUGCCCUUCCAGUUUCCCUUGGAGCUACUUGGCUUUGGAACGGACACAGCUGGAGUGACAGCCACCUCGGGAUCUACCUCAGCCGCUUUCCACCACGGCCUAACUCAGAAUUUACUAAAGGGUUUACAGUCGGGAGCCCAGCACGCCGCGCCGCUCUCCCACCCGCCGCUGCCUGCACACUUACAGCAAACGUUUCACGAUGGAGGCCAAAGUAAAGGAGACACUAAACUUCCGCGCAAAUCCCAGUGA